GCUGAAUAAAUUAAAGCUCAUUUCCUGGUUUCCUGUCACAGAUUUCUUCCGGGCAACAGAUGAUGCUGCAGAUCAUGUGACAUGCCCUCUGGUUUUUAGCACUGUGUUCAGUCAGACUGUCAGAGUUUGUCAGGAGAACUCAACAUGGAUUCAUAUUUUCUCUGCGUCAGCCUCUUCUUCAUCAUCCUCUGCAGAGCAGAUGGAUACGAGUAUUACACUUCAUCCCGCUGCCUGUUUAACUCCACUGAGCUGCGGGACAUAGCGUACAUCAGAUCUUACUAUUACAACAGGAUGGAGUAUGUCAGGUUUGACAGCAGUGUGGGGAAGUUUGUUGGAUACACCGAGUACGGUGUCAAGGAGGCAGAAUACUUUAACAAAGAUCCUGCACAGCUCGCCGCAAUGAGAGCUCAGAAGGAGACGUACUGCACACCAAACAUUGACCUCUGGUACCGAAGUGUUCUGACAAAAUCAGCGAAACCAUUCGUCAGACUUCACUGGACGAAGCCUCCCAUUGAUCAUCAUCCUGCCAUAUUGGCUUGCAGCGUCUACGACUUCUACCCCAAAUAUAUCAAAGUGAGCUGGUUGAGAAACGGACAGGAAGUAACCUCUAACACCACAACAACUGAUGAGCUUCCAGAUGCUGAUUGGUUCUACCAGACCCACUCCUACUUGGAGUACACACCCAGGUCUGGAGAGAAGAUCUCCUGUAUGGUGGAGCACGCCAGCCUGGAGAGACCUCUGGUUACUGACUGGGUCCCGUCCAUGUCCGAAUCCAAGAAAUUGAUGAUCGUUGGAGCCUUUGGGCUGAUCCUGGGUCUGCUCUUUUUCCUGGCUGGAGUCAUCUACACAAGGAUGUGCAGCAGAGAUGGAUAUACACCUUUGGCUCACAAGUUCAGUGAGAAGCAGCCAGAGGACUGGAACAAAGAUGCUGCAGCUCUGAGCUUGUGGAGACCUCAGAAGGAGAUGUUCUUCAAACCCGACUCUGAGCUCUGCUUCACAAAUGUUCUGCCUAAGUCAGUGAUGCCGCUGAUUGGUGUUCAUGCCAUGACGCCCCCUGGUGGUCAUCAUCCUGCCACGCUGCUCUACAAAGUCUACGACUUCUACCCCAAAAAGGUCGCUUCUGCUAAAGCGAUAAAAGCAGCUGAUUUGCUUGAGAAGACUUUACCAGAUGAGCUGGAGCCCAGGUGAGUCCACAGCUCUGAGUGCAGGUACAAAGGAUGAGGAGCAGAUGGUUUAUAAAGACACACUCGGGCUGCAGGGUGGCUUUAUUUAAACCAGAAGAUGAAACUGCCAGAAACAUUGAGGGCUGGAUCUCUGUGUGUAACCACACGUGUGCCUGCAUGGUGAGCUCCUGUAUGACAGGAAACACCAGUUUACAUCAGGCUCAGUGUCAGGAUUGUGAUGUGGAUGAGUCAUUCUGGGCUUUUAACUGCAACAGUUUGUUUUUAAUACAACUGCUUCUACAUAUUAGCAGUGGGCACAUUCACAGUUUAUAAAAGUGCACUGAGAUUUUUAUAAACUGUGAUAACUGUGAAAGAGAGCAGACAGGACUAAGAGACAGAAACAGGACCACACCUAUUUAUCUACAAAUUAAUGACACAAGA